AAAUCUAUCACAGAAUGUCAUCUUACAACAAGUCCACCUCAAAAAACAACAAGUGCAAGACCAUCAACUACUGAAGCAAAAGCACAAACUAGUCAAAAACCAACCACAGCAGCCCCAUUAACAACACCCUCUAUGAACUGUGACAGCCUUAAUCCUCCCAGAAAGAUUGAUGAAACAUGGCAAGUAGACAAAUGCACAACAGCAACAUGCAAAGGAGGAUCUGUUAUUUCCUUGAAUCCUGUCAACUGCGAACCAGCUGAGCCAGUUGUUUGUGAAAACGGACGACCACCAGUUAAGGUCUAUGACGAUAGUGGCUGCUGCUUCCACUAUGAAUGUGAAUGCUUCUGCUCUGGAUGGGACAACUCACAUUACACUACCUUUGAUGGAACUUACUAUAAUUUCAAGGGAAGCUGCAGUUAUGUACUGGUGAAAGAAAUCACCCCCAACAAUGGGGAGUUUGAGGUUAUUCUUGACAACCAGAACUGUGAUGAAAGUUCCAGCCAGGACUGUGCCGGAUCCCUAACAGUGCUCUACAAAGCACAGAAAGUAACCUUGGAUCAACAAGAUGGAAAAAAUAAGGUAUUUUUUAAUGAAGUGGAAGUUGGCAUACCCUUCACAAAUGAUGUCUUCACCAUAACUGGCACACAGAGUGAGGUAGAUGUAAAAAUUGCAGAGAUUGAUGCAACCAUCACCUACACAAGAAACACAUUCAGCAUUUUGCUUCCAUAUUCAGACUUCAGCCAGAACACCGAAGGACUGUGUGGAACCUGUGACAAUAACAAAGAAAAUGAUGCCCGCUUGCCUGAUGGCACUACUGAUCCUUCUUUCACCAGAAUGCCCGAUCAGUGGCUUCUACCUACUGAGAGCAAUCCAGAAUGUACAAAUCUACCUAAGCCAACCCCAACACCUACUGCACAAACCACUCAGCCAACUUGUAAAGCAGACGUGUGUGAUAUCUUAAAUAGCAAAGUCUUUGAAGAUUGUCAGAAGGUUAUCCCAGUAGAUGUUUAUUACACUGCUUGUCAAAGCGAUGUAUGCAGUAAUCCAGAGAAACAUUUUGGCUGCUCAAGUCUGGAGGCUUAUGCUUCCAAAUGUCUGUCAUCUGGCAUCUGUGUUGACUGGAGAGGAGCUACCAAUGGAAAAUGUGAAUUCAACUGUCCAGAAACAAAAGAAUACAAGGCUUGUGGUCCAGCAAUGGAGCCUACUUGCAAUGCCAUGUAA